AGGAGGAGAGGUUGGAGCCGUCUCCAGGAGCCCUUAGAGACCGAGUCCCCGGCGGCGGCGGCGGGGCAGCGCACCGGCAGAAGAGUGAGCACCGAGCUGCGGACGCAGGUGAUCCGUUCCCCUACUUGAAACCUGAAAACGGUGGGCCACACAAAGUCUUACUGAUUUCAGGUAAAAACAAUAACUGAAGAUGUCAAGCAAAACAGCAAGCACCAACAACCUCACCCAGGCAAGGAGGACCGUGCAGCAGUUAAGGCUAGAAGCCUCCAUUGAAAGAAUAAAGGUUUCGAAGGCGUCCGCGGACCUGCUGUCCUACUGUGAGGAGCAUGCCAGGAACGACCCUCUGCUGAUAGGGAUACCCACCUCAGAAAACCCUUUCAAGGAUAAGAAGACCUGCAUCAUCUUAUAGAGGAAGAUGAAACGGUUCCUUACGACCUCUCAACAAAUCAAAUUACGAGCAGCUCCUUGAAGAGAAUUACCUUCAGCUUAUUUGGUAACCACUGCUAAUAACUAAAAUGCUCUUACCAUGGAAUAAUAGACUCUGAAGUCUUUAUUUUCCAAGUUGUCCCUUUUUCUGAAAUACUCUUUACUGAUCUAAUACAAAACAGCAGUUUUGUUUUCCAUUUGGUAACUAUGGUGUCACAUUGGGUUGCUGCUUAACAAAAGUCAGUCUGGGCCUUUUAAAAAAACAAUGAUAUACUUUCAACUAUACGAAUGAUCCAUUUCUAUCAAGAGCUAAAUUACCUAAGCCCCCAUCUAGAUUAAAAUGCCAAGAAUAAUUUAAGUCCUUAAACCCUUAUUAUAAUGUGUUCUUAACAUGGUUGUGCCAACCUGUUCAGUGUACAUGGAUGAGGAGUGUUUUUGUGUGCGUAUAUAUAUAUACCUAUAUAUCUAUAUCUAUAUAUAUCUAUAUAUAUAUGUCUUUG